AUGGCUGACAACGGAGUCCCUCAAUUCACACAGGCCGAACUCAUGGCCCAAAUGGCGGAACUUCAAGCGGAAGUCAAAAGACUAGCCGAACUAUCAGCACGAAAUAGCGCCAACCAGAUAGGCGAGGGAAGUUCCAAAAGAUCUUCCCAGGGCGCACCUGACCUGCUGAUCGCUGACCCACCGAAAGAGAGACUAACCUUGGACAACCCGUUUUCCGAAGAAAUCACAAAUUUUCAAAUGCCAAAACAUUUCACACUCCCCUCCUCACUUGAGCCGUAUAAGGAGAUUGGUGACCCCCGGGCUCACAUUAAGAAAUUUCAAUCUAUGAUGUUUUUUAACGGUCCUAACAAUGAACCUGUACUUUGCAGGGCAUUCCCGACAUAUCUUGACGGAGCAGCUUUGCUUUGGUUCUCAAAACUGCCUGCAGGUUCAAUCUCAUCAUUUGAAGAGCUGGCGAAGUCUUUCAUUGAUUACUUCGCCGCAGCAAGAAUAUACGUCCACGGAUCAGAUUACCUCGGCACGAUCCGCCAAGGUCCGCAGGAGAGCCUAAAAGAUUACCUGACCAGGUUUGCAGAGGCGACCAUGGAAAUACCCGACCUAGAUCCGGCUGUCCAUCUCCAUGCGCUUAAGGCCGGCCUCCGACCUGGCAAAUUCAGAGAAACGAUCGCCAUCACCAAACCGAAGACACUGGAGGAGUUCAGGGAAAGGGCAGCCGGACAAAUGGAAAUUGAAGAACUACGCGAGGCCAACAAAACGGAAAGGAAACCCAUAAGGGAGGAGGAACGAUCAAUGAGAUCGACCCACAACAGGGAGGUCGGCAAAACGUUCAAGCUCACUCCGAAGUUUGACAAUUACACCAGAUUCAACACAAGAAGGGAAAAGAUAAUCAAGGAAAUACUCAAUGCCAAGAUUAUAAAACCCCCAAUAAGGGCAGGCAGUUACCAAGACCAGAGGUUUGUAGACAAAACCAAACAUUGUGCUUUCCAUAAAAAAUACGGACACACCACCGACGAAUGCAUAAUAGCCAAAGACCUUUUGGAAAGGCUUGCACGGCAAGGCCUAUUGGACAAAUACAUUGAGGGGAGGAAGCAUAAGGAAGACGACCGAGGCAGGGAGGAAAGGCAACCAACUUCAGUAAACAAGGAAAAGUGGCCAAACAACAACCUACCCAAGGCAGUCAUAAACUGCAUCUCCGGGGGAUUCGCUGGAGGUGGCGAAACAACAUCGGCCAGGAAACGGAGUUACCGAGCCAUGCUAGCCAUAGAAGGAGCCUCACCUCCAAACAAGAGCGACGCACCAGAUUUAGAGAUCACCUUCAAUAAAGCGGAUAUGUGCUCGGCCGCCCCACACCUGGACGACCCGGUCGUAAUUUCUAUCCAGACAGGCGACCUACUGGUAAGAAAGGUCCUUUUGGACCCAGGUAGCAGCAUAGACGUACUUUUUCAUUCUACAUUUUUAAAGAUGAACUUAUCUGAAAAACUCAUACAACCCUCCUCCGGAGAACUGGUAGGAUUCUCCGGAGAAAGGGUACCCAUAAAAGGUUAUAUAUGGCUUAAAACGACAAUAGGUGCAAACGCAUCAUUCCGAACACUUGAUAUACAAUACCUGAUUGUCGAUUGCAAUAGUCCUUAUAACAUUAUCCUCGGGAGACCUGCUCUGAACAUGUUCAGAGCAGUAAUAUCAACUUUCCACCUAUGUGUUAAGUUUCAGGCACAGGACGGAAAAAUAGCAACGAUCCAUUCAGACCGCCAACAAGCUCGGCAGUGUUAUAACUCUUGCUUGAAAAGGUCGGAUAACAGAGGAAGACAACAUGAGAUCAAAUCAGUACAAACCAGAGAGGAAGUCCUUUCCCUAGCCGAACUCGACCCCAGAGGAGACACACAAGAGAGACCACAACCAACUGACGAACUCCAAAAAAUUCGACUAACGUCCAAACCAGAGCAAGUAACAUACAUAGGUCAAGCACUACAAGGGCAAGAAAGGUCGGAUCUCGUAAAGCUGCUAAGAGCCAACGCAGACUUAUUCGCCUGGACCCCAGCAGAUAUGCCGGGCAUAAGUCCGGAGAUCAUCUGUCACAAACUCGCCACCAAUCCUUCGAGCCGACCCAUAGCCCAGAAGAAAAGAAACCUAGGAACAGAGAAAUCAAAGGCAGCCCUGGAAGAGACCAGUAAAUGGCGCAUGUGCGUCGAUUUUACAGAUUUGAACAAAGCAUGUCCUAAAGACGCCUACCCUUUACCAUGCAUUGAUAAACUUGUAGACAACGCUUCAGGUUUCGAAAGCUUAAGCUUCAUGGAUGCAUACUCAGGGUAUAAUCAAAUACUAAUGCAUCCUGAAGAUCAAAGCAAGACAGCAUUCAUAACCGAACAUGGAAACUUUUGUUAUCGUGUAAUGCCAUUUGGCUUAAAGAAUGCAGGUGCGACCUAUCAACGCUUGAUGGACAAAGUCUUCCAUCACCAAAUAGGACGCAACAUGGAGAUAUAUGUGGACGACAUGGUCGCGAAAACCAAGAGAGAAAAAUCGCACUGUGAAGACCUCAAGGAAAUAUUUGGCCAACUACGAAAUUACAAUAUGAGACUGAACCCCGAGAAAUGCGCCUUCGGAGUAAAGGGGGGAAAGUUUCUCGGAUUCAUGCUCACAUCCCGAGGAAUCGAGGCGAACCCUGAAAAAUGUUCAGCAAUACUCAACAUGGAAAGCCCUAAAACGAUAAAAGAGGUACAACAACUCGCAGGAAGGGUAGCUGCGCUAUCCCGAUUCCUCCCCGCUGCAUCAAGCCGAGCAUAUCACCUCUUCCAAACGAUAUCAAAGAACAAAAAAUUUCAUUGGACAGAGGAAGGCGAGAAAGCAUUUUCCGAGCUCAAAGCGAUCUUAGCAACACCACCCGUUCUACAAAGACCAGAAAUCGGUAACCCUUUAUAUUUAUACUUAUCUGUUUCAAACUAUGCUAUAAGCUCGACCCUCGUUCUCGAAACAGGAAAAACACAACAGCCAGUGUACUUCGUCAGCAGAGUCAUGCAACCAACCGAGCAACGAUAUCCGAAGAUAGAACAACUCGCCCUUGCACUGAUAACAACAGCAAGGAGACUCAGACACUACUUCCAAAGCCACACAAUAAUAGUAAGGACGAAUCAUCCACUGAGACAAAUAUUGACAAAACCAGAACUGGCGGGACGGUUGACCAAAUGGUCAAUUGAACUCUCAGAGUUCGACAUUCAGUUUCAGACAAGAUCGGCCCUCAAGGCACAAGUUCUCACCGACUUCAUCACAGAGAUGACCCCACACGAUCACAUUGAAACAUGGGAAUUGCACGUAGACGGGGCGUCAAGUCGAGAAGGAAGCGGGGCUGGAAUGAUAUUAAAGGAAGGAAAUAAGGUGGUAGCCGAGCAAGCCCUCCAAUUUCACUUCCCGGCAAGCAAUAAUCAGGCCGAGUAUGAAGCCCUCAUAGCGGGAUUAAAGCUCGCCCUAAGCCACAAAGCAACGAACUUAACGGCACAUUGCGAUUCCCUUCUAGUGGUCCAACAAAUCCGAGGAGAAUUCCAGGUAAAAGAUCCCUUGCUAGAACAAUACUGGCUCAUAGCAAAGGAUCUAAUUUCAAAUUUCAGUUCGUUCACCAUAUUACACGUGCAUAGAGAGCAAAACGUCAGGGCAGAUAUACUAUCUAAACUCGCCGCCACCAGGGCGGACACACAAACAUCAACAUUAUCACAGCACACACUCACAAAACCGAGCAUUGAAUUAUUAUGUAUUGAAAACAUUAACCACCUCCACGAUUGGAGGAAACCCUUCCUUGAAUACAUAUGUACAGGUGCAUUACCCAGAGACGAGCUCCAUCCUCAACAGUUCAAACGUAAGGCAAGCUUCUACACAAAAAUAUCAGGAGAGCUAUACAGACGAGGUUUCUCACAACCACUACUAAGAUGCCUAGACCAAAACCAGGCCAGAGAAGUAAUGAAUGAAGUCCAUGAAGGAGUAUGUGGGAACCACAUAGGAGGACGAGCUCUCGCCGCAAAAAUAAUCCGAACAGGAUAUUAUUGGCCGACCAUAAAGAGAGAUUGCAUAGCUAAAGUCAAAACAUGCGGCAAAUGCCAGAAACAUGAGGCGAUCUCAACCAAGCCAGCCGAAGUACUGCACAGCAUGGAGGUAAGCUGGCCUUUCUACAGAUGGGGGCUUGACAUCCUCGGCCCCUUCCCAACAGCACCAGGACAGGUAAAAUUCCUUUUGGUAUCCAUAGAUUACUUCUCAAAAUGGAUAGAAGCGCAACCCUUAGCAAAGAUAAGAGCUGAAAAGGUACGAUCUUUUAUUUGGAGAAAUAUAAUAUGCCGCUUUGGGAUACCAAAAGAAAUAAUAUCAGACAAUGGUAGACAAUUUACAGACAGUAAGCUCGGAUUAUUUCUAAAAAAUUUCAAUAUUCAACAUCGUUUUAGCUCGGUAGAACACCCACAAACUAAUGGGCAAGCCGAAGCUGCUAACCGAGUUGUGUUGCAGGCAAUAAAGAAGAAACUCGACAACGCAAAAGGAGAAUGGGCCGAGUUCAUUCCCGAAGUACUCUGGGGCUACAACACCACAAUACAUAACACUACAGGCGAAACACCCUUCAAGUUGGUCUAUGGCUCGGAAGCCCUGAUCCCCAUUGAGGUCGGAUUACCCACGCUAAGAACCGAGCUGUACGAUGAACAACAAAACCUAAAGGCCAGGAGCGCCGAGCUUGACUUAGCUGAAGAGGACAGGGAAAUCGCCGCAAUCAAACAAAGGGCCCAGAAGAAAAUAAUAGAAAGAAAAUAUAACAGGAAGGUGAUUCCGAGAAUAUUCAACAAAGACGACCUUGUGCUCAGACGAACAGAGGAAGCCAGGAGACCUCCAGCUCAUGGCAAGCUCGCCGCAAAUUGGGAGGGCCCCUUCCGUGUCACCAAAGUGCUCGGCAAGGGAGCAUAUCAACUCCAAACAUUACAAGGCAAUGCCAUUCCAGGAAACUGGAACAUCUCAUCACUCAAAAUGUAUAUGUCCUAG